AUGGCACCAUCAGCCACCGCGACAAUAACGAACGAGUUGUCGCAACAGCUGCUGUCCAAGGCAGCACCUUCAAACACACCUACGUUCGCCUUCACGCCUUUUCUCCAGCGAACCUACCUCCAUAGCCUCCCCGCCGACCGUCCAGUAUGCAAAGCCUACAUCAACGGCCACUGCCCCCUCGGGACGCGCUGCCCCGAGCGCCAUGUCUCCAUCCCGAAUAGCGGCGGAAAACAGGACGGCGGACACCCUUUCAAUUCGCUUGUCUGCAAGCACUGGCUGCGUGGCCUGUGCAAAAAGGGCGAGAGCUGCGAGUUUCUGCACGAGUUCAACCUACGCAAGAUGCCGGAGUGCAACUUCUUCCUGCGCAACGGCUUCUGCUCUAACGGCGACGAGUGCCUGUACCUGCAUAUCGACCCCCAGAGCAAGCUGCCGCCUUGUCCACACUACGACCAGGGUUUCUGCCCGCUGGGGCCGAGGUGUGCCAAGAAACAUGUGCGCAAGAAGAUGUGUCCCUAUUUCCUCGCCGGGUUCUGCCCUGACGGGCCCGAGUGCAAGGAAGGGGCGCACCCAAAGUGGAAGACAGCCCUAGAAAAACCCAGCGUCAAGGUCGAGAAGAAGGAAGAUGACGGGUCUGUCCCGGGAAAGAGGGAACAUGUCGACGACGAGGAUGACGGCUCGAUCAGGGACUUUGGAGACAGGCAUCGUGACCGUGACCGGGACAGGGACAGGGACCGUGGCUUCGAGCGUGGAGGGCACCAGGGCAGAUUUGGUGGUCGUGGUGGUAAAUGGAGAGGCAGAGGAAGGGGACGGGGAAGGCAUUGA